ACGCACCGUCUCUGGCGAACAUGGCGGCAACUUGACAAACGGCAGCGAGAUGGAGACAGCGAGGGCUUGAAAAAGAGACGAGGUUUGAAGCUGCAGGCCGCUCCGUCGACAUAAAGCCUCUCGGCUUCGCCAUGUUGACACAGGAUCGCGCGCUCGUCCCCGCACCACCGAGGCCGGGUGAAACGUAAAACCGUGUCCGUGUUUGUUUCCGAAAAACGGAGUCGAGGCUGCGCAGAGGAGCAGAGCGGCACGGCGCGGCACGGCCCGGCGCAGCGCGGCGUGCAGGGCGGCGGGAGAGCGGCUUCACCGGUCAGCCAUGGAGGAUGCGGCCCGCGGCUGCCCGCGCCUGAUUCCCCACCGGGCCCGCGCGCAUUUUCAUGGGAAUUAGCGCCAAUCGCAAAGGCCAGCAGCCGGGAGGAAAACCCACCGCCCGACACCCGAGGGGAGGAGAACACGGAGCGGAACCCACGUCAAUGACUGUUGCGGCAGAGAAGCCCCCACGGUGGAGUCGGCCGGUUCCCAAAAUAUGACCAGGGGUGCUGGGACGUGUUGGCAGCAAGAAGAUGAUGACGGCUUCCAUAUCUGGCUAGAGCCCCCCCGCGACGACCAAAAGCCAUUCACCGACUCCGAGAGGGCGCAGAGAUGGCGACUGUCCUUGGCAUCCCUCUUGUUCCUCACCGUCCUCCUCUCUGAUCACCUGUGGUUCUGCGCCGAAGCCAAACUGGCUCACACCCGGGACAAGUUCGCGUCCUCCCACCUGGUGUCCGCGCGGACCCACUCAGCGCGCGGCAGCCUCAGAGGAAACCCACACGCUCUUUUUCUAGGAAACUCCAGCAAACAUUUGUGGCGCCUUCAAACUUGCCACCAGGAUAGUUUGUCUCAGAACUGCUUCUCUUACGCGGAUGCGGAUCAUCUGUGCGCGGGCCUCUCCGAGCGCGAGGGCACGCGGCCGGCUGUAAAUAUGAGCGAUUUGUACCUCUCUUUUUGUAACUACUACUCCCUGCUGGAUUUGUUCGAGGGUUCCCCAAAUCCGGACAAUUUGAACUGCGGCCUCGACGUGCUCGGCGACGGAGACACGAUCCGGUGCAGCCAGUGCGUGCAGGCGUACCAGCGCUACGACCAGCACGCGCUGGAGAAAUACCAGGACUUUGAGCUCCUCACGCUCAAAUAUGAGCCGGGUGCAUACUCAGUGAGGACGUGCAUGGAGCAGUGCAAGGUGGCCUAUAAACCCUGGCUGUGUGCUCAGUAUUUCCCCACCACCCAACAGUCCUGUCAGAAGAAAAUACCAUGCCACCAGUAUUGCCUGGAGGUCCAGCAGAGUUGUCCGUUCAUCCUGCCCGAUAAUGACGACUUGAUCCACGGAGGCAGCCCCAGCUUCAUCUGCACAGGGCUCUUGGGAGAUCAUCCAUCAGACAGUGAGGCCGAAUGCUGCGACGUGCGAUGGGACACCAAAGUGGACAACCCUUCAGGCGGGACACUAAAAAGGACUGCCUCUUCCUGCCACCCCCAGGGGGCAUCAGUCACCUCGGCGGCCACCUCGAGACUGUGCAGUGGGCGGCUGAAGAUCUGUCUGCUGGCCCUUGUCCUCCUACACACUGUCAUCAUCAUUUCAGCCUCCCAUAAUUCCACAUUGGUAGGCGUGGCUGCCACUUUCUCACCAGAGGAGAGUGCUUCAAAUGAGGAGUGAGCCUUGGGCGGGGGGGUUAAUCAAGGCUAAAGUUUAAAGAAUGAUGUCGUUCUUGAGGAUUAGUUUCCUUAUGGCUUUUGCAGUGUUCCUGCUGCCAGGGACACAUCUGGCAUGACAUGCUCGAAAUGCCUCUACAAUCUGCUGCCCAUAAACCACCAACCACAACAAGUGGGAGAGGGUUAAUUGGGGUUUAGCAAGCUGGGAUUGGCCACCAACCAAACUGAGAUUUUUGAACAACACCCCCCUUAAGAAAUGACCUCUUGCCACUUGAAACAUGCUCAUUGUUUUUAUUCCAUCCAAAUGUUUUCUAGCAUAUUGUCGCUCUUCUGCUUUACCUUUCCUUCUUCCCUUCCUUCCCUCCCUCCCUCACGUGUUGCAUGGACAGCACUGUGUGCAGUCUCACUUAUAUUUAAGUUGUCAGCGUUUUACAUAUGCCAGAAUGUGUGGACAACUCUUCCAGUCCACAGGUAUGUCCUGAUGACCUGGUAUGUGAUAACAUUUGCUGGUCGAGGGUCUACCAGGACAAGCAAAAUGUCACCCAUGACUCAUGUGGUCUUGUUUCUCUGGAAAGAAAAUACAUGUGAUCCUUCUUUAUCCUCAUAUUCGGCUUGUAUUUUGUCUUAUUAGACCUUUUGUCAACCCCGUAGAGAAGUACAUGCCUACACAUUUUAGGACCACAAGUGCUCUGAAACUGGCCGUCUUCAUCGUCUAUCGUACGUAGUUGCAAUGAAGUUGGUGGUGGUUCCCUCAACAGAUUGAGGGGUUCGUAGGAGUUGCUGGCCUGAGUUCAGCAGUCUUGAGGGAGGACUUGCCAAGCGGGGUUCCUGGAUGGGACGACCUGGACCCACUGUGGUUGUGUUUCUUAAGCUUUUGGUUUACCUCAUAUGGCAGAAUCAGGCAACCAUGUGGCUUGUCUUGACGCCACAGCGAGCGUUUAGUGUGCCGAACACAGGCCUGCAGAGACAACCCAGGGAAACCAGCGUCUCAGUGCACUUGUUAAAUACUGAAUGGAGGACAGCUGUGUGAAGCCAAAACAACAGUUCUUUGAGUGCCUCUUUGCAGGCAUCCUCACUACUGUCGGCCUGGCUUCUAAUUUGUAAAGUUUAUACAAGCAACCAGCCAGUCAAUCAAUCAAUCAAUCAAUCAAUCAGUUGGCACUUAAAUCACUCUUAGCUGAUCAACCGCUAUCCUUCACAGACUAGCAAAGGGCUGUUUUUAGUGUCAGCGUAUGAGGAGUGCGAG